AGUGAAGAGGUGGAAAGUAUUUUUUUAAUUCAGCUGCAUUUUCCCUCCCGGCCUGCCAAUUGCCGACGCCAAUCGAAACCCUAAAUCCAGUCGAAAUGCAGAUUUUCUCCGAUCAAAUGUCCCAAGCUCUUUAGUCCUCUCCAGUUUUUCGAUUCAGGCUUCACCGGUUGCGGUUCCAAGUUAAUCGUAUUUCGGUUUCCGGCGGCGGUGAGGUAUCACACUCAAUCGCCCGAUUUCUGUGCUCCCUUCUCGCUUAAUCGGUUCUCCAAUCUUCAGAUUUUACUUAUAUAACUGAAAUAAUCUGUAGUUGCCUCCAACAGAGAGCUAUGAACAACAAUGGUGAGGCUACGAAAGCCGGAAAAAGGCGCCGAGGUGGAGAAGGGGAAGAUACUAUUGGUCGUGACAGGUUAAGCGCUCUUCCCGACCGCGCCCUUGUUCACAUCCUUUCAUUCGUCGACUCCAAAGACGCCGUUCAAACCUGUGUACUGUCCCGACGGUUUAGGUGCGUUUGGAAACAAGUCCCCGUCCUGAAUUUCAAUAGAGAUACCUUUGAAGAAUUUUCAGGCUUCGAGACCCACGUUGACAGACUCUUGUCCCUCCGCUAUCCCCGUGAAGUUCACAAGCUUAGCUACAUGGACGGCGAUGGAGGAGCUUCCUGGGAAGAUGAACCGCGGUGUAUGGGUUUGUUUGUUAGGGCCAUGAGAUAUGCUUGCUCACAUAAUGUUCAGCAUUUGGUGAUCGACCUGGGUAGUGAGGGCAACCAAGAUCGGAGUAAGAGGUGCUCUGAUUUGUUUAGCAGCUCGAUCUCGGAAUGCAGAAUCGAAUCACUGGAUUUGGGGCAUGUAACCCUCGACGGUGGGUGUGGAUUGUCUUGUUUUCAAUCAGUGAAAAGUUUGAUUCUGGAAUGGUGUCUGCUGUCUUCUGAUCAGGGCGGCGAGAAGGAUGAUCAGCUGGAUCCUUUUUCUAAGCUUCCUUGUCUGAAGCAUUUGGUCCUGAGUAAUUGCCUGGCUGGUGAAACUUAUGGUGGCGGGUGCAAAAGAAGUAUAAAGAUUUCUGGGCUCGAACUGCUUAGUUUGGUUUUGGAUCGUGUGGAGUUUUCCGACAUUGAAAUACAUGCACCAAAGCUCGAAUCCUUCACUCUUACGGAUGAUAUCGGAACACUUCGUGGACUGUCGAAUUUAAGCCUUCCUUCGCUUAAUCAUGCUGAUAUAUCUGUUUGGGACGAUCACCAUUUUGUCAAGCAUAACAAGGAACUAGCGAAGCAGCUGUUUGUUUCGUUGUUCCAAGGCUUGCAUAAUGCUAAGUCUUUGAAGCUGUACUGGGAAACCAUUGAGGUCAUGAGUGAACUUACUGUGGGUUUGGCAGACCAACCAUCUCCUUUUACGAGAUUGACGUCCUUGACUCUGGCUGCUGACAGUGUGCCUUACAAACUCCUCAAGUACCUUCUUAAAGGAUCCACGAGCAGAAGACCAAUGAUUGACUAUGUCUAGACGCAGUAAACCGACCUCUUUGCAAGGCUUCUGAUGAUAAACUAUCUGCAAUAGGUUAGUACUUGGUAGUGCCCUUUUUCUUAUCAGGUUAUCUGGUGAUGCUCACAGAUACCCUUUUCUUGUCAUUGCUUAAGGCUUAAAACAGAUCAUUCUGAUGAUCAUUGUAGUAAAGUUGUUUGCUAGAUUCUGGUUAUAUGAAUAGAGUCUCUUGACCACGACUCGAUGAUAACGCUUUGUGUUGCAUCCCAGAAUUCGCCUUUUUGCAGUUGUUGAUCAGAAGUUUUGAGUUAUAUAAGAGCAACGCCGAACUCCAAACUAAUUCAUUGAGGUGAACCAUAAUUCCACUUGUUAUUGUCACGAUUGAUACUUAAAACAAUUGGCCAUGAAAGCAAGACCACGAUUUUCUUAUACACCUUAUGCAUCUAUUAUUCUUAUUUAGGACAUUCAGUUAUUC